AUGAGGCAGUGAAGUAAAGUAAAGUAAAGUAAAGUACAGCAAAGUAUAAAGAGAUAGAAGAGUUGUAGGUACUGCAUGAUCUUUCUCUUCUCUCUUAACUUCCAUCUACAUCUCUCAAUCUCAAUCUCAAUCUCAAUCUCAAUCUCAAUCUGAUAUCCCAUCCGAUCCUAUUCGUAUCACCUUUGUACUCUUGUCCUCCAACCUUCGUAUAUCUGCAUUCUCCCAUUGGCAGAGCUUGAAAACGAGUGGUGCCACCAAAACGGAGAUUCUUCAAUACCAUACAUACCAACCACGUUCCAGCGAACCCUCAAUUCCUGUGUAACCACUCAGAUUACAUUAUCUACCUACCGACCCAUUACUCCGCACCUGCUGCAUACGACGAUUCAGCUCUUGACAACUUCACAUCUCUUCACUUAACCUUCUAAACUCAUCAACUUACAAUCCUCAAUUCAUCAUCAAAAUGUCUAGAGUUACUCCUCCCGUCACAAAGUUCACCCAUGCUCUUCGUCGUAGUAUCAGUACUACUUCUACUGUUGCGAGCCCAAGUGCCCAAUUAAAAACCAAGGGUGCCAAAGCUGAUGUAUGUAUACUCUCCAAUACUCAAUAUCUUUUCCCUCAAAUAUCAAACCCAAAACUAAUCACCUACGCAAUAGCUCAUCUCCAAACUAUCCGCUCACGAGCGCACCAUAACAACCAUUCAUCGACCUCUCCCACCCUCCAUAAAAACCAUCCCCCUCAUGCAAGGAUUCCGCACUAGUGCACCCCGUCCGGCGGCUUCCCCCUCCACACUCGACCAUCUCAUUCUCCCCCGUCUCCCCAGCGAAUCCUCCACCACAUUCUCAAUGCGCGUACCCAUCCUCCCAGAUAAUUUCAGCGCUACUCAAUCCAUAAAAGAGAGUAUUGACACCGCGAUUCCCAAACAGGAGAUCCACGUCGUUAGUGCGUUGCCAGAGGAAGAUUUCGCUGCUGUUAAUGUAUUGACUGAGGUGGUGGGUAAUGAAGCAAAUGCGAGUAUGGAUUUGGGAGAAUGGGUUCAGGGUAUUAGGUCGAGAGGUGAGGAGAUUAAGGGGAAGUUUGUGGGAAGUGAUGGUGAACAGGGGGUUCUUUCUGAACUGUGGAUGAGUGUACGAGAAGAUGUUUUUGGUUCGAAAGGGAAAGUUGCUCUUUGAUUUAAGAUUUAAGAUACCUGAUGAGAUGAGGAAGAUAUGGGAAAUCUAGGGAGUUUUGAUUGAUUGCGUUUUCUAUUUUACAGUUUAUAUGGAUGGAUGGAAGGAUGGAACCCGCUCGCUAUGGAUGGCUGGAGCUGGAGUUUCGUACUCUGAUGACGUUAUGAUGAUUCACUUUUUUGCUAGUUUAGUACUUUUGGGUAUCUGCCUGCCCUUUUACUUAGGUACUUACUUGCUUUGCUUACUUUGCUUUGCUUUGCUAGUUGGCUGAAUGAAAGUUUUUGAAUCUCUCAUUUUUGAUGUUUCGA